GAAAAGCUCUGAAUAGCACAGUGUGUGUGUAUGUGUGUGUGUGUGUGUGUGUGUGUGUCGUGGGAUGGUAGGCGGUGAGCGGUGACGCGGGGCUGUUGCUUCCUAGAUCUCGCCUACCCGCCACUCUCGCCGCAAGUAGGUGUCUGGCGCUGCCGUGUCACAAGAUGUUUUGGCGCAAGCUGCUGAGUGUGGCUGUGUGCUGGGUGGUGGCUACAACGGCUCAGCAAGGACAGCUAAAGAUCGAGGUACUCAGUCGACCUGGCGUGUGCAGCAGUCAGUCAGUGGCUGGCGACAAGGUGCAAGUUCACUACGUUGGCCGCCUCACUGAUGGCACUAUCUUCGAUCAAAGCCGGCCUCGCGGAGAGCCUUUCGAGUUCCGGCUGGGCUCAGGGCAGGUUAUCAAGGGCUGGGACCAAGGUCUGGAAGGCAUGUGUGUCGGGGAGCGUCGCCACCUCACUAUCCCCUCUCACCUCGCGUACGGCAACAAGGGUGCAGGAGGCGUCAUUCCUCCAGAUGCAACACUAACGUUCGAGGUGGAGCUGGUACAGCUGCCUGACAAGACGGCGCGUGCCGAGGAACAGCCGCUGCGCCGCCCCGAGCCGAGUAACAGGGAGGCCACAGUACCUAGCCACCUGGUGGUGCAGACACUGGUCCGCCCUCCGACCUGUAGCCCCGUCACCCGCCACGGCGAUCUCACAGUUCACUACACUGGGCAGCUGGUGGACGCUAAGAAGUUUGACUCAAGCGUGGACCGCGGGGAGCCCUUCGUGUUCCAGCUGGGGCAGGGUUCCGUCAUCCCCGGCUGGGAGGAAGGCGUGGAGGGCAUGUGUGUGGGGGAGAGCCGCCUACUGGUUGUGCCGCCUCACCUCGCUUACGGCAAGAAGGGGGCCGGUAACGUGAUCCCUCCGGAUGCAACGCUUAUCUUCACAAUUCAGCUGUUGAAGAUCAAUUAAGCGUUGGUCACCUUGCCUGGCUCUUUGGGCCAAUCAAGGUUUCCAGAGUAACCUCUAGACUCCUUGGUGCCAAAAGGCUGCCGAAAGAAGCUUUGCGUCCUUGUUGUUGUUUCCGUAUCAGUUAUGAAGUGCAUUAUAUUAUACUAUGUAACAGCAAGGAGUGGGGAGAUGCUAAAUAGUGCCUUAUUUAACACGCCCUGCGUCAAGCAAUGCCUUAUUUUCAUAAUGUACCCUACUGUAGGAAUGCUCGUAUAACCUAGCCAACUUACUAUCAUCUAAAAUAUUUCAUCGCCCAUCGUGUUGCAUUGUUAGUCAUGCUGUUAUAUAGUCAUAUUACUCAAUAUUACUAAUUACUACACAACGAGUUUAGAAAGAUUUUUAUAGUUUAUUUGAUAACCUGCAGACCAUUGAAACAAGAAGAAAAUUAUAAUGCAAUAUCAUAUUUGUGUAGGUAGUCACUGGUGUCACAUGAUGCAGCUAUAGCUAUAGAUUAUCAUAAUCUGUAGUCUCCAUUUAAAUUAUUUUACUGUGCCUUGGAAUUGAUUUAUCAAUUUUAAUAAAAGUUCUAAGCUUUUUUACAUACUCUUUAAUUCAAAGUGUUCAGACAUACGUACGUUUGUAGUAUACAUGUAUUGAAAUAUGGACUAUGAGAAUAAAAAGAUUUUUUCAAGA